AUGCAGUCGUUUCUUGGAAGUCUCAAUUACUAUAGCCGGUUUCUAGAAGACUACGCGAUUUAUGCGUCCAUAUUGUACGAGCUAAGAGAAGUGGAUUAUCACGUGUUACGACGCCGGAUGAGUGAGACUGAGGACACCCAGAGGAGUGACCAGGAGGAAGACCGAUGGACUCGGGUGCAGGUGGCCUUUGCGAUAUUGAAGAAUAAGAUAGCCACCGCCCCAAACCUCCGCCAUUUUGAUCCAGACCGGGAACCUGUCAUUAUCGUCUAUGCCAGUGAGUGGGCCAUCUCGGCAUCCCUGGUGCAGGAGUAUGAGGGGGUGUAUAUGCCGGUCACUUUCACGAGUCGGACUUUGAAGCCAAACGAGAUCAACUAUGGGCUGGUGGACAAGGAAGUGUUGGCGCUAUUGCGGAUACUAGACCUUUGUUACACGUCGCUGGUCACCCGACCUAUUAAGAUUUUGACCCGACACUCAACACUGGCGUGGUUAGUCCGGCCACCUGGUCUACAAGGUCGCCUUGGAAAUGGGUUGCGCUCCUGUCCCAAUGGACGUUAG